AUGGACAUAUUCGACGUCCAGCUGCAAAAGGCACUGACGAGGAAACAGCAAGAGUUGGCUUUACUGUCUUCUCGGACCAGUAACGGAGGAGGGCAUGCAAAGUGCGGUGCUGCUACAUGGAUCACAUCUGGUAUCACUAUAGAAGAGCUGCAAAUAUCUCUCUUGAUCGACAUCCGGAGAUUGGGAAAACACUCCACCGAAAUGCAGCGCCUGGAGAUAGUGAGACGUCAUACAAAGCUGCAAAGUCGGAUAGAUGAAUUUACAACCACGGCAGUCACUCAUUUCAGAGAAGACUUUGAUCUGGAUGACAAUAUCAGAGAUCUUGAGGUUGAAUUUAUAGAUGAUUCAGAGGGCGAAGGAGACUUGUUUACCGAGAGUGACCAUGAUUCCGACCAUGUCCCUCAAUGCAAUUUCUUCCAUCCCAAGAAGGUGGUUAUACCUCUCCCAUCGAAUAUUGGCAUCAAAAGGUGUACUGAGCUGGGUGUCAUCCACCUUGUGGCUGAUAAGGCUGUGCUCUUCUGCACCACAGUUCGUCUGGCCAAAUCCCAGGCAAAGUCAACCAGGGCGUGGACUCAGGUGCAACUCGGCAAUCUCCAAGCUCACAACCUCUUAGAGAAAUAUCUCCGGAUGGAGAGAAGUCAUCUCAAAGCUACUGCUGCUGUCGCCGAUCCCAAUGCUUGGGGACAAAGAAACUCCACGCUUCCGUGGUUCUGGUCUCUUGAUGUUCAGGGAGAUUCUGGCACAGUUUACAGGGUUCAUUGGCUUCGCACGAAAGCAUUGCAUGAUUGGUGGUCGGAAGAACUGCUACUGGUUGAACAUGAAAUGGGUUGGACUGUGCAGUUCUUCCUCCGCAAGGCAUGCUCAUGGUUGUCAUGCAUCACCCACAAUGGCGAUCCACUCCCAGAAGGGCACAAAUGUUAUGCAAUUUGGCAGGCCCACAUGUACCACGAAUUGGCCGAACAUGCACGUGCAAGUUUUCUAAAGGCAAAUCCAAAGUUCACGAUAAAUGCUUGA